GUUCGACCGCGAGUUCAUCAACACGAUUUCACUUGUACUGACCACUCUACCACCUCAUGAUGCACUGUCACCAUUCCAAUCCCCUCUCCCACAACACUUCAGCCCACCUUCCGCGACUCCAAAAUGGGUAACAACCGCCACGCGGCCCUGUCCAAGUCCAUCCAGCGCGCGAUCUUCCGCGACCCAGCCAGCUUCCGCAAGACGGUUAUUGGCCGAUUCCUCGCCUUCUUCACCAUCCUCUACAUCAAACUCAUCCGGUACGGCCACGUGCAAUUCCAGAAGCUGCGCAGCGAGGUCUGGCAGAUCGACGAGGAAGAGUACAAGGCCAGCUUUCGCAAUGAUAGCAAGAAGACCGUGCCCUUGAAGCCGAUGGGCGACCUGGGUCUCUCGGGAUCGACCUUCUUCAGCACCUCCAACUCCCGCUUCCUGGUCAAAAGCCUGCCGCGACACUUCGAACAUUCCUUCUUCCGCGAGGAACUGCUCGAUCCGUACUACAGGUACAUGACGGAGCAUCCGGAGUCCCUGCUGGUGUGGAUCACCGACUACGUCUACUCGCCGUACUGGACGAUCGGGAAUCUAGUCGGCACCACCCCCGCCCACCACAUCAUCAUGGAGAACCUGCUCUGCGGCCGGGAUACGGAUCCCGCGGGGGAUAGGUGGGAGACCUACGACCUGAAGCCGGUUGACUAUUUCUUCCCCGAGCGAGAUCUGGUGCCCGACCCGUUGGUCAGCAAGGCCACCUUGAGCAAGAUCGCCGAUAAUUUCGAUGACAAGGUCCGCAUCAAUCAGUCGGCGUAUGUCGCCCUCAUGCAGACCGUCGAGGCUGACACGCAGUUCCUCGAGGACGCCAACGCGGUGGACUACUCGCUGUAUCUGGUCCGCUUCCCGGCCUCCUCGACGCCGGAUAUCGUCGGGAGGCCCGUUCCGUGGCGGAUUGGGCUGGAAUCGGCCGAUGGGAAGUGGAAGUACCGCGCCGUUAUCCUGGAUUUCUUCUGGGCCAGGCACAAGCUGCAUGCUCAGGCCAUGACAGGAGUGAUUCAGACCUUCAAUGUAAUUGGGCGCCAGGGCCCAAUGACCAUUACAACCACGCCAGAUGAGUACAGGAAGAAGUUUCUGACCAUGGUGAAAGCCAUGAUCGAAGUACAGGAGUAAGUCUAGCCAGAGAACUUAAUACCACUCAUAAUGCCUAUACCCGUGCACAGAGUAUUUA